CUCAGUGCUAGAGUAGAACUCGAACAGGUCAGCCACCUUUCGAGGCAGUUGUCAUAUCCGCAUCUUCCAGAAGAGGAAUCUGUGGUCAGGCCUGAGGAGCGAUGCGACAGGCGUGAUGGAGGUUGAGUCCUCCUACUCGGACUUCAUUUCCUGUGAGAGGACGGGCCGUCGGAACGCGGUCCCGGACAUCCAGGGGGGCUCUGAGGCUGUGAGCGUGAGGACGCUGGCUGGAGACAUGGGCGAGCUGACACUCGAGGGCACAGAAGGACAGACAGAGGUGGGCACCCCAGAUAAGGAAGCUAGCAACCAGCCUGAGAGCAGCGAUGGGACCACCUCGUCUUGAGUCUGACCUUGCCCAUGGAGGAUGGAAAAGAGACCUGCUGUCCUCGCCUGGACAGGGAGCCCUGGCACUGGCCUCGCAGCCUCUUCUCUGAGCCCCCGUCCCAGACAAGCCAGGCCCGAGUGAAAAGGCACCCCCAGAGGCCACCGUGGCCCCUACCCUGGAAAAGCCCUCCACCUGCACCCUCAGGCUGCACUUGCCCACCACCUCUUCACUGUGCCCAGGUACACUUCCAAGACCCUGUAGCUGUGGGGCAUUAUUUAUUCAGCGGGCACCUGAGUGAGCAGCCCCCGCAAGAAUGCCUCUCCACAGGUGGCCUGGGCAGCAACCACAGCCCAGCUCUGCACCCCCCUUCUCCAAGCCCAACCUUCUGGGUCAAGAUCUUCAUAUCCCUUUUUUUAAAAACACUUUUAAACUUUUUAAAAACUUUAAACUUUUUUUCAGCAGAGAGGGAGGGAGCUGUGUUUUUGUUUUUUGGUUUUUUGGGUCUUUUUUGGAAGGCAUUGUAAGUUAAAUUGACCAUCUAUGCAGCUCUGCGUCCCCUCAUGGAGCUCCACAGAUCCAUUUCUAGGGAAGGGGUUUUAUGCUCAAAACUGUCUGAUCAACUCUUUGCCCUUUCUACCAAGAUAAGUGACACCUAGGACCCAGGAAAUAAAUGCUGAUGAUUUGUG